UCCAUCCAUCCCUCUCUCAGUCUCGCUCUCCCCGCUCUGGAUGACAGGAGGCAGCGGCAGUGUUGGAUCGGCUCUUUCAGUGCGCUCCGACCGGGAUAUUUCUUUGAUUUCUCAGGCGCGCUCUGCGUUGGUGCGCUCAGGAACUUGGAGGAUCAGGGGGGGAUUCCAUGAUGGGGUCCACCUCACCACCAUCGGCAUCGGCUUCGCCAGCGGCGGUAUUACCAUCAUCAUCAUCAUCAUCAUCAGCAGCAGCAGCAGCAGCGGCUCCAGACUUUACUUUGUUCUCCGCUGCGCCGGAUAAGGAGGAGAGCGAACUGAAAUAAAACAGAACUUACCUAAAAUCAAACUCAUCGGCUUUCAAGGAGGGAAACUUUUUCUUCUUCUUUUAAAUAGAUUGCGGUUUAUUCUAAGGGGCUUUGGAAUGGAGAGCCUAACUUUCCUGAUGUCCAGUCUUGCGGUGCUCUUCUUCGGAGGGGAUAUUUUCACCAGGGCCAUGCUGAGUGACAUUGGGGACUAUGUAGGUACAGACAUUCAAAUAUCCUGGUUACCUAACCUGGAUGAUUUAAUGAAGGGCUAUGCCAGAAAUUUUCGCCCUGGGAUAGGAGGUCCACCAGUGAAUGUGGCCAUGGCUAUUGAAGUGGCCAGCAUUGAUCACAUCUCUGAAGCCAACAUGGAAUACACCAUGACCGUGUUCUUGCGGCAGAGCUGGCACGACAAUCGCCUGUCCUACAAUCACACAAACAGGACUCUGGGACUGGACAGUCGGUUUGUGGACAAACUGUGGGUACCCGACACGUUCAUCGUUAACGCCAAAUCUGCCUGGUUCCAUGAUGUGACGGUGGAGAACAAGCUGAUCCGCCUGCAGCCCAACGGAGUCAUUCUCUACAGCAGCCGCAUCACUUCAACAGUAGCGUGUGACAUGGAUCUAACCAAGUAUCCGAUGGACGAACAGGAGUGCAUGCUGGACUUAGAAAGCUAUGGCUACUCCUCAGAGGACAUUGUGUAUCACUGGUCAGACAGUCAAAAGCACAUUCAUGGACUGGACAAACUGGAGCUCUCCCAGUUCACCAUCAUAGACUACCGCUUUGUCACCGAAAUGAUGAACUUUAAAUCAGCGGGACGGUUUCCAAGGCUCAGCCUUCGCUUCCAGCUGAGACGUAAUAGAGGCGUCUACAUCAUCCAGUCAUAUAUGCCUUCUAUACUGCUGGUUGCAAUGUCUUGGGUGUCCUUCUGGAUCAGCCAAUCAGCAGUUCCGGCUCGAGUAACCCUAGGGAUCACAACAGUUCUCACCAUGACUACCCUGAUGGUGAGCGCUCGCUCCUCCUUGCCUCGGGCAUCAGCCAUCAAGGCACUGGACGUCUACUUCUGGAUUUGUUAUGUGUUUGUGUUCGCGGCGCUCAUUGAAUACGCCUUCGCACACUACAACGCUGACUACCGGCUCAAAGAGAAGGCCAAGGUGAAGGCAAACAAGCUCACCUCCGAGUCCAUAGUAAAGAAUGGCAAGCAGGCAAUGGUUCUGUUUUCCCUGUCGGUUACUGGGAUGAAUCAGGGUGUCGUCAUUUCCAACCGGCAGGGCCGAACGCAGCGCUCGGGCAGCGAAAUCCCCGGCGAGGGAGGGACGGAGGCGCCUGAGCCGAGCAGGAGAAGAUCCAGGCCGGCGGAGGAGAGCAAGGAGGACAAAAAGUGUUGCUCCAAGUGUGUCUGCAAGCCCAUUGACGCAGACACCAUCGACAUCUACGCCAGGGCUGUGUUCCCUUUCGCGUUUGCCGUGGUGAACGUGAUCUACUGGGUGGCGUAUACGAUGUGAGGAGGAGGCCGCAGGGUCGGAGGUGCCAACGGAAGCUGUACACAGGAACCUGCUGGAGUUGUGACUUUAAAGAGCUGGCAGAUUGUGCAGCUAACCUAUACUGCAGGCCUCAGCAAGAAGUAAACUUCGAAAUAAAAUGAAGCACAUACUGUAGGAGCCUGUGAACAUAGAAACAUGGUACUUAAUGGGAGUAGUUAGGAGUGUAAACUGUUAGAAGGACAUAAAUAUAUCCCAUCGCAAAAACAGCUAGGGAUGUUUAAUGGCACGUUACUUAGUUGCCUGUUGGAGGUUCACGUACAUAUUAAGAUUUGCAUCCCGCUAGAUGAAUGCAACUAAAUAACAGAAAACAUGACGUCUCUCAUAAGCUUUCCUCUAAACAAUCAAAGUUCCCCUAUCUCUAUUUCAUGAGCCGCCUGCAAUCUCAGAAAAAAACAAAACACCUCUUAGGCAAGAGGAUGACGAGAUGAGGUGUACCGCUAUUCUGCAUGGCUGAUAACUCAUUCCCACUCCUCCUUCACCAUUACCAGGCCCCCCCCCCUGCCCCUCCACCCAUUUCUUUUUUAGUUCAUUUUCAUGUUGAGGCCACAGUCUGGAGCGUCUUAUCUCCUCCUGCCAGUUCUGCCUGUUUCCUUGUUAUUAAAGGACGUCCACCACUACCGUGUGUCCGUCUCUGUAUCUCUCCUCACCACAAAUAAUCACAUGGAUGUUAAAUGCAUAGUUCUUGGGUGAUUUGAAAAUACAAAUUGAAUUGCUGUCGGCAGAUGUAAUUCAUGUAUACUUACACAGAUAAAAAAAAAAAAUACUUGUUUGGGAUUAUGAAUAAAUCACUUUUCAGCAAUUACAUGUCAUGAAUGGCGUCGUGUCACACACUUCCUACCCAUGUCUUUUCUUUGACGGAAAUAGGAAAUUGAUUUGAGGAAAUUCUUGGAUGAAGAAGCACCACUUCUCUUAGACCAAUUACGGCAUUCUUUGAAAGCCAUAUAAUUUUCGUAAAUACUGAGUGUCUUGCAGCUGGAGCGAAGAAGCAGCUUAAACAAACAUUAGAAAUGCCUCGUUUAAUCCUCAUAUGUAAAAAUUACUUUUGAGUAUCAAGUUAUUAUUAUUUUUUUCAUUUCACAUAAAUAAAAAAUAAACCAUGCAA